CUUCUUCUUCUUCGAGCAUUUCUCUUCCUAAAACCCUAAAUUAAACCUCGUAAAUGUUUCUCACUAAAACCCUAAUUCGACGAUCUCUCUCAACCUUCACUUCUUCUCCUUCAGAUUCACUUCUCGCCGAUAAAGCUUUAACCUUUCUCAAACGUCAUCCAUACCAACUCCAUCAUCUCUCUGCAAAUUUCACUCCAGAAGCAGCUUCAAAUCUCCUCCUCAAAUCUCAAAACAAUCAAGAACUAAUCCUCAAGUUCCUAACUUGGGCAAACCCACAUCAAUUCUUCACUCUCCGUUGCAAAUGCAUCACUCUUCACAUCCUCACAAGAUUCAAACUCUACAAAACAGCUCAAACCCUCGCCGAAGAUGUCGCAUCCAAAACCCUAGACGACGAAGACGCUUCUCUCGUCUUCCGUUCGUUACAAGAGACUUACGAUUUGUGUAAUUCAACUUCCUCUGUUUUUGAUUUGGUAGUGAAAUCUUACUCUCGUUUGAGUUUGAUUGAUAAGGCUUUGAGUAUUGUUCGUUUAUCUCAAGCUCAUGGCUUUAUGCCUGGAGUUUUGUCGUACAAUGCGGUUUUAGAUUCUACGAUUAGAUCUAAGAGGAGCAUUAGUUUUGCUGAGAAUGUGUUUAAAGAAAUGUUGGAAAGCCAAGUUUCCCCUAAUGUGUUUACUUACAAUAUCUUGAUUAGAGGGUUUUGUUUAGCUGGGAAUUUAGAUGUUGCUCUGCGGUUUUUCGAUCGAAUGGAGAAGAAAGGUUGUUUACCUAAUGUUGUUACUUACAAUACUUUGAUUGAUGGGUAUUGUAAGUUGCGUAAGAUUGAUGAUGGGUUUGAGCUUUUGAGAUCAAUGGCGUUAAAAGGUUUGGAGCCGAAUUUGAUUUCGUAUAAUGUCGUUAUUAACGGGUUAUGUAGAGAAGGGAGGAUGAAGGAGAUAAGUUUUGUGCUUACGGAGAUGAAUAAGAGAGGGUAUUCGCUUGAUGAAGUUACGUAUAAUACGCUUAUUAAAGGUUAUUGUAAAGAAGGUAAUUUUCAUCAAGCUCUUGUGAUGCAUGCGGAGAUGCUGAGACAUGGGUUGUCACCUAGUGUUAUUACUUAUACUUCGUUGAUACAUAGUAUGUGUAAGGCUGGGAAUAUGAACAGGGCUACUGAGUUUCUUGAUCAGAUGCGGGGUAGAGGUCUUUGUCCGAAUGAGCGUACUUACACGACGUUGGUUGAUGGGUUUUCUCAAAAGGGUUAUAUGAAUGAAGCAUAUCGGGUUUUGAAAGAGAUGGUUGAUAACGGGUUUUCUCCUUCGGUUGUGACUUAUAAUGCUCUGAUUAAUGGGCAAUGUAUCGCUGGGAAAAUGGAAGAUGCUAUAGCAGUUCUCGAAGAUAUGAAGGAGAAAGGUUUGACUCCGGAUGUAGUGAGCUACAGCACAGUAUUAUCUGGGUUUUGUAGAAGUUACGAUGUUGAUGAGGCGCUUAGAGUGAAAAGGGAAAUGGUUGAAAAAGGUAUUAAACCUGAUAGAAUCACCUACUCAUCACUAAUCCAAGGGUUUUGUGAACAGAGAAGGACAAAGGAAGCUUGUGAUCUUUUCGAUGAAAUGCUGAGAGUUGGCCUUCCACCAGAUGAAUUUACUUACACAGCCUUGAUUAAUGCUUAUUGUAUGGAAGGCGAUCUGCAAAAAGCGCUCCAGUUGCACAAUGAAAUGGUCGAGAAAGGAGUAUUGCCUGAUGUUGUCACUUACAGUGUGCUGAUCAACGGGCUUAACAAACAAGCUCGAACUAGAGAAGCAAAAAGACUUUUGCUCAAGCUGUUCUACGAAGAAUCAGUCCCUAGCGACGUCACAUAUCAAACACUCAUAGAAAACUGCAGUAACAUCGAGUUCAAAAGCGUAGUAUCUCUUAUUAAAGGAUUCUGUAUGAAAGGAAUGAUGACUGAAGCUGAUCGAGUUUUCGAAUCCAUGAUUGAGAAAAACCAUAAACCCGAUGGAACAGCAUACAACAUUAUGAUCCAUGGUCAUUGCAGAGGAGGAGAUAUCCGCAAAGCAUAUAGUCUAUACAAAGAGAUGGUAAAAUCCGGAUUCCUUCUCCAUACUGUGACAGUGAUUGCUCUGGUUAAAGCAUUGCACAAGGAAGGGAAGGUUAAUGAAUUAAAUAGUGUGAUUGAGAAUGUAUUAAGAAGCUGUGAACUGAGUGAAGCGGAGCAAGCCAAAGUGCUUGUUGAGAUCAAUCAUAGAGAAGGGAAUAUGGAUGUGGUUCUUGAUGUCCUUGCUGAAAUGGCCAAAGAUGGAUUUCUUCCCAAUGGCAAAAGUUAAUCUAGUGAGUAAAAUCAUUUGCCUUUA